AUGAACCGUCCUAAAACAGGAUGCACUCCAUUAAGAUUAACAACAUUGGUUGUUAGUGGAAUUGCUUUCAUCGUACAUAUAGCUGCUGUGGCUUAUCCUGUGUGGGACCAAAUUAAUGCUACAUGGAAACCAAAUCCAAUGAUGCCAGUGGGUUUAAAGAUACAAGCUAGCGGUUCACUUUGGGAUUUCAAUGUCACGAUUGAUCAAACGCUUUCAUUCUUUCCACCGAACCGAAAUUUAAUGAAUACAGUUCAAUCUGAAUGGAAAGAACCAAUCAGGAUGAUGGCUUUGUCAGCUAUAGGAGUUGGUGCCAUAAGCAUUAUGUUCUUCAUAAUCUCAGCCUUAAUAGACAGAUGCGUACAAAACUACGUCAUUCUUCUGUUGAUCAGAAUGCUUCCAAUUGCAGCACUCUAUUGCACGUCAUUGGAAGUAACUAGUGGUGCAUUGCUGUACAAAUACCAGUAUACUAAAACGGCCAGUUAUGAAGCAUUUGAUCUAAAUCGCGCUUAUCCCAUAGAUAAGUUUGUGCUUGGGAUUGGCUGGCAUUUAGAAUGUGCUGCUGGAGCAUUGUUUAACCUCGCUUCGUUGGUUGCAAUAUCAGGGUCCAUUCAUAACAAUAUUUCAAGUUACGAAAAAAAUCCCUCAUCAGUUGUACCUUUUGAAGAAGGCAGCAAUUCGGAGGAUGGAAAGAACUCAGAGAAACGGCAAUAA